AUGGGGUCUAGUGAAUCCGAUAGACUGAUCUUCCAGGAGACAGAUGAGGCUGGCAAUUCCACCGCAACCUACAUCUACUCCGGGGAUGGCGCCUCGAGGCGAACUUCAUCGGGUCGGGUGGAUGUUAUGACAUCUCCCUCGUCUACCUCCUUAUGGUCAACAAAGCCUCUGGUCAGCUCACUGAGUGAUGUGUUUCUUCCUUCCGGAUACCCUCACAGUGUCAGUGAUGACUAUCUACCAUAUCAAGUCUUCGACUCCCUCCAAGCCUUCUGUAGCUCAAUAGCAGGUCUCCUCUCCUCCCGCGCCGUUCUCCAAGGAGUCGGCGUCGGCAACGCAGAUGCAUCCCCAACAUCAGCCCUCCUGCUUCACAUCUUACAAGACAUAUCCGGCAGGAUAGCCACAAUCCUCUUCGCUCACCGCGUCGGCACAGCCCUGGAACCAGAAUGCAAGACUUAUAGACUUGCCGCAGAUGUCUUCAAUGACAUUGCCAUGAUCAUGGACUGUCUCUCGCCGAUGGUUCCUGCUGGUAUGAUGCGGGUUACUGUUCUCAGUACGGCGGGAGUAUUGCGUGCAUUGUGUGGUGUUGCUGGGGGGAGUUCGAAGGCUAGCUUAAGUGCUCAUUUUGCACGGUGGGGGAAUUUGGCGGAGCUUAAUGCUAAAGAUUCGUCCCAGGAGACUGUUAUUUCGCUGUUUGGAAUGCUGGUCGGAUCUGUGGUCAUCUCACACAUUAACAGCUUCACAACAACCUGGAUAGCACUAUUGCUCCUUCUAGCCCUCCAUCUUAGCAUGAACUACGCCGCUGUCCGCGCAGUACAGAUGACAAGCCUGAACAGACAACGGGCGAACAUUACAUUCUCGGCUCUACUUGACUCCGACGCAAGCCUGGCAAAUAAGCUAAGCUUGAACUCGAUGUCGGCCUCAGCAGUCACCAGCAAGUUGACAAUUUUCACACCCGCAGAUGUAGCAUAUCACGAGCGCAUCUUCCAUCGAGAUGGGGCACUACGAUGGACAAGCCAUUCAUCAACAUCAACAUCAACAUCAACGGAACAUCUAGGCUCAGCCCAGAUAGGCCUCGCCCUAUCUUCAUUCUUCGGCACAUCAACCAACGGCAUAAAGACAACCAUGCCAGUCAACCAACUCACAAGCCUAUUCUCAAAAGAGUCCUACCUCCUCUACCUCACACCCUCCUCACAAUCUCAAGCCCCAAAACGAACAUGGAACGCAUCAAUCCUCCUCAAAAGAAACUGUUCAAUCAUCGACCAAUUAAAAGCAUGGACACAUGCAUUACUAGCAGCAAGAAUCCUGAUGCAGAUGGAUUCGUCAAAACAGAGUCAGGCAGAGAUUGAACGGGGCAGAAGUAAAGAAAGAGGACGCAUAAACCGAGGGAGGAAGGAUUCCUCGCCGGGUGAUGCAGCGGAUCUUUCUGGCUCGGGUCCUACCCUAGAUGUCCUUGAACGGACUCUUUCCUGUUUAAAUGCAGAGUCUCGGUUUGAGGGGUAUCUUGUGCGUUUAAGAGAUGCUGGGUGGAAUCUUGAUAUUGCGGCUUUGGAGACGAGGGGUGGGAGGAGGGUUUCUGUUUGA